AGCAUAUGUUUUGUUAAACUGCAGUGUGUUUGGCCUCUCAGGGCCACUGUACUCAGCACAAUAAUGCCAGCCGUUUUGGAUGGCAUUAUAAACAUGACCAGUCGAUACAUCAGGUUUCCUUACACUGUGGGUGAACAGGCCAACAUUGAAAGGCAAUUUGCAGCAAUGUCUGGUUUCCCAAAUGUAAUCGUCGCAAUUGACUGCACUCAAGUUGCUAUAAGGGCUCUGAGUGAAAAUGAAUUUGUCUAUGUGAACCGAAAAAAUGUGCGUACAAUCAAUGUACAAGUUAUGUGUACCUCAAACAUGGUUUUGACAAAUUUAGUGGCACGGUGGCCUGGGUCAACACAUGACUCAUUCAUCCUGAUGCACAGCAGUGUAGGGAACAGACUGCAGGCAGGCGCUGCACGUGAUGGCUGGCUCCUGGGUGACAGUGGCUACCCCCUAAGGCGUUGGCUCCUCACCCCUUUCACCAACCCACAGAGCGCAAAGGAGGUGUGCUUUAAUGUGGCCCACUCUCGUGCGUGCUCCAUUGUGGAGCGAGCCAUUGGCCUCCUCAAAAAUUGGUGUUUAGAUGCCUCGGGGGGAAGAUUGCUCUAUCACCCUACAAAGGUGUGUAAAAUUAUUAGGGCUUGUGGAGCACAACGUGGCACUGAGGGAUGCCAUUCCCCUCCCGCCUGGUCUCCCUCCAUGAGGACCCCGACCCACAACCACCUCCCCGACAUGAGGAGUUUCAACAGGGAGCAAGGCUCCGUGAAGGUGUCAUGCGGCAUUUGCAAUAAGACAGCAAGACAGUGUCAGUCAGGACCCAGACACUUCCAGGUGCGCCAUGCGCUCGGGAUGCACUGGUGCUGGACGCACUGGUGCUGGGGACAGCCAGGCCUUCAGCUACGGUGCCAGGACACGCCGUGCCUGGAACCUCCGCGUCACCCACCGCUUCCAACUCUAGAGUGACUGAGGACACAACAUAUAAGUCCACUGCCUUUUCACAAGUCUCUGUUGAAAUAUUUAAUUUAUACAUUUAAAGGGCCAGUGUGUAAUAUUUGGCAUGGUUUAUUGUCAAAUCUGAGUCUGAAUCUGAAUAUUCUACCCAUUAAUAUGUUUAUAUAAGUGUAUAAUCGCUAUAAAAUAAAAUUUGUUUGGUUUUCGUAACCUUUAUAUGCUUUAUAUACAUAUAUAGCAAGGGCCUUGCUUUAGAGAAGUCGCCAUCUUGCGCCGCCAUGUAUUUAAGGCAGCCCGAGUGGACAAUCCAGCCAGCCAGAGAACGCGUUUCGCGUGUAUAAAUAAACCAACGAAGACAGCGGGAGGAAGGAAGAAGGAGGAGGAAACAGCAGAGAGUGUUAGUAGUUCGUCGAUGGAGAGUAGUGAAAAGUUUUUUUAGUUAUAAAGUUUGCGAAUGGACCACACUUACCACGCAACAGGAGAGAAUGAACCCGAACCGUCAUCUGCGAGGAAAAGAAAACGCAACUUCACUCCUUGUGAUGCACUCUCUGCGGUGCUUUUCCUCCUGAUGAUAUAUCUCCCCAACGCACCGAAUCCCAUUCUGUGCAGCAAAGUGGGAGCAGAGGAUUCAGCCUCUCUUCUCGCCCGCUCAGCAUCAGUUCCUCAUCUGUAUGCUAUGGCUCAAACAGGUAUGGCUCUGGGUCCGUGUCCGCUACAAGAAACUCUUCAAAAUCGCGUUCAAAGUCGUCCAUUGCAGCCACUAUAGUCCGGAGAUAUUGCUAGGCUAAAUAAACAGCUGAGUUCUGUUUACAGGCUACGCUGUCAGUCAGUGUGCGGGCUGGAGAUUGGUGGAGCAGAGAGGGGAGGGGGUGCCCGCUUGGUAUUGUAAACGAGAAUGUGUGUAUGGAGUGUGUGUGUUACGCUAGAAGAGUCAGAGUUUGGGACGGAGUCUUUUACCCCCUGGAGUGUUACCGAAGUUUUUGGAGUGCUCAAAUAUUUGAGGUACACAUAACUUGUACAUUGUAUCAAAUAUUUUUCCCGAACGCUACUCUGGUCUCCUGCUUGUGAGGGAUUCAUUACAAUAUUGUAACAUGGUUUAGAUUUCUAAAUAAACAUUCACCUCGUCGCUAGAUAGACCUACUCCUGAAAAACUUGUGUCUGCGCAAGGCUUUUUGUCCCUACGAGGCCACUGUCAUUUACCCGACGGGAGGGGUGAGCGAGUGAGCCCUGCAAUCUAGAAUUUGACCACUGAUGUCACUGUUUUCAACCCAUUUUACACACUGGCCCUUUAAUAAACAGAUAAAACUGUACUUUACCGGUCUCCUCUGUGGUCUUUGCCAAAUCUGUGUCUCCUUCCUUCUCCGACACUAUGCCACACACGCUGGCCGUCCCAAGGAUGGAGGCUAUUUUGGUGUCCAGCAGUGUGGGCUCGGGUGUGCCCUUGUCCCCACCUGUAGCAGACAUGCUUUGAUGGUGCCAUGCUACUCUCCUCUUGGCCUCCACCUUCAGAUCCGACCACUUCUUUUUCACCUCUGCCACAGAUCGCUCUGUGGCACUCACACUAUUUACGGCGGUGACGACGUGCUCCCACUCUCACUUGUUUUUCUUUUAUAAAUGAUGCCACUACUGUGACCACCAAAUAAAAUAAUUUUUCUGGCCUCCCCCUCACCCACAAGGACCUCUAUUUUGGUCUCCGUGAAAUUCCUUUUCCUUGUCUUCUCUGCCAUGAUUGAGCGUAAAAUGCCAUUGAUCAGCAGGCUUAUUUAUAUGCAAAAACAUUCAUGAGGUACUUUGCAUUGACCAUUCAUAGUAAAAUGUGGGUGUGUAGAGGGCAGGAUGUGAGGUGAAUCAACCUGCGCAAUCUUCCAGGUGGGCUGUGAUUUAUGAAGGGAAAAGUGCUUGCAGGUGUGCGUAGGCAUGGUUUUAUAAAUCAGAUUAUUUUUUGGCACACGCCAUUUUCAGCUUUUGGGCUUUUAGUAUGGAUCCUAUGCAAUGUUUUAUAAAUGAGGCCCCUGUUCCAUAUAAAGGCGGAUAUGUAUUGUCGCGUUGUGGGGUAGCUAGGUGGGUAAAGGAAGGACGAGGAGGAGGCGAUGUU